UCAUCAGCAAGGGGGUGGGGAGGAUCGGAACGUGACCUACGCAGGAGAUGUCGACAAGAUGACAGCGGCCGUAUGACGACGCUGGCUGGCUGGCUACGCCGUUGUGCCCGCCACGAGAGAAUCGAGAUAACACGUCGCACAGCACCUUGGAGGUGCGCCAAGUGCGCCUACAAACGGACUUCGGGGAACAAAGAGAACGCGAGACCUGACACCGUCGUCAUCGUCGUGGGUGCCGCGCCCUCGUGCGAUGCGCACGACGGCGCCGUGAAUGCUGGUGGUGGUGGUGGGAUUCGUCCGAGGAGGAGUCGCCGACGAAAAAUCGUCGUCGCCGCCCACGUGCAUCCGGAGGCAUGAGCGUGUUCGGCGACUUUCAGCGUGUCUGGGUGCAGCGGUUCCCGGACAGCGCCUUGCCGGCCGCCUGGGAGGAAGACGUUAGAGCGAAUCUCGUUAAACACAAGCAGAAGGUGACAGCUUUGAGAGAAGAACUUGAAAAAGAAGAAUUUUAUGUGGAGUAUCUAGAAAGAUUACUGGCUGAUGUUGAACGACACAAACUGCUAGCUAACAAUACCAAUUCAAGUACGAGUAUAUCUGAGAACAAGCAGGAAGCAACGGCGGAUCUGCAAUCUCAACAAGAUUCUCAAGCAGCGGAGAAUAACUUGACGGAUUCUUCGAAUUCAACGAAUGUCGUAUCGUCCGCUCCUACUUUGACGGAACGAGAUGACUUUAGUAAAUUACAGGACAAGUGUGUGUCUGAAUUGAGUUCGACUCUCGGCACAGCUGGCAAGAGACCCAAGAGCGAGAUACCGAAGAGUCCCGAGAAAGUGCCUGAACUUAGGAGAAACAGUGAUCCAGAUGUGCCAAGUAAUUACGUUACAGUAAUUGAAGUCACUGGGAGCUCGAAAAAAGAUAAAAACGAUGAAUCUCUCAAGGAGGAGGAUGAGAAAGACUUGGAAAAGGCAAUCAACGAGGAUGAUGAGGAUGGUGACGCGGAAGCAUCAGAAGAGGAGCCUUAUUACGAUUCAGUAGCCUUGGAUCAAACUGGAGAAUAUGUCUACAUUGAUGCGCGUGUCCCCAUUGUCAACAGCAACAAUGGCAACAAGGCGGCGCCUCGAAGACCCCCAUCGCUGCCAGAUUCGCCGGGCAAUCAGAGUAAUUAUGUCAACAUCGAUUAUUUUAUACAACACAGAGCGGCGAUGGAUAGCGAAGACGAAGAGGGUGCCAGUCCGGCACCUCCGAUCUUACUACGUGCUCUCAGUACGGACAAUGAAACCGGCAGCAGUGACGCCGAACCAUUGAGUUUGAGCGAGGGUAGUUUGGAAUCACCGACUCCGACAACGCCGCGUAGACAGGAGAAGAGCAAGGAUCGCGAGGAUGAUAGAACGUCGAUGAUCAAGUGUAUCGUGAAUUCCGUAGUGGAGAGCGAAGCUGUAUAUGUGGAGUGUUUAACUGUGAUGUUACAAUAUAUGAAAGCUAUUAGGGCAACUUUAACGACAUCUCAACCAGUCAUCUCGGAGGAGGAAUUUGGAACAAUGUUCUACAAGAUUCCAGAACUGCAUGCUUUGCAUCAGACAUUUCUGGAUGGUCUUCGAAAGAAAACGGAAAAAUGGGACAGUAAACCUACUAUAGGAGAACAAUUUAAGAUUAUGGCCAGUAAUAUAGGAUUAUACGGUGCGUUUUUGCAUAAUUACGGUCGCGCGACCGACACCGUGCGACGAUGUUCUGCCCAUUCCACUCAAUUCGGAGAGAUUACCAGAGACAUAAGACUCAGAGGUUUUCCAAAAGGUCCGGGUUUGUCACUAGAAGACCUGUUACAUAAGCCAGUUGCGCGAGUGCAAAAAAAUGCUUUAGUUUUACAUGAUCUUCUAAAGCAUACGCCAGUCAAUCAUGCGGAUCACGCGCCUUUGUCAGAAGCACUGGCUAUGACCAGAAACUUCCUAGAUGAAUUCAAUAUUAUCCAGACUAAGUCCAUGUUUCCGAGUCACGACAGAGCCCAACGAAGAUUGGUGAAGAAUUCUUUUGUAGUCGAACUCUCAGACGGUCACAGAAAACUAAGACAUCUUUUUCUCUUUAACGAUGUAAUCGCCUGUGCGAAGUACAAAGCAUCCGGUAGGGACAAGUUUACAUUCGAAUUGAAAUGGUAUGUCCCCAUAGCGGAAGCGGCUGUUACGGAGGACGGCGUAGAGCCACGCGAAGCCAGUCCCGCUAACGUAGUAGCUUUGAGAUCGCAAGCGUGUACAGUACGCGAUCAGAUAUUGUGGGAGGAGCGGAAUGACGAGAAGCGGAUCCGACUGGGUGGAAGAGGUUCAGAGAAAAAUCGCAAGAAACUCGCCGAGCUCGAGGCGCAACUGGUAUUAGCCUCGCCAAACUUGGUUCUGCGCGUCGCGCAUAAGAGCCAGCAAAAUCGAGUGCAGAAUUCCUAUACCUUCUUUUUAUCCAGUGAGUUUGAACGUUCCCAAUGGGUGGAGGCAGUGGAUGCGUUACAGCAGGGUGGACAGCCUCCAGGGCAACUACCCUUGUCGAUGUACGAGUUGCAAGCUUGGGUUACCGCUUGUCGAACAUUUCUGCAGACAGAUAUGGGCAGCUAUCUAUUGAGAUCAGGACGCGACGAGAGCUUGCUGCUGGGUGAUCUUCAUCUAACGCUGCUCGGUCUGACUCCGCCAGGUUUAGACAGGGUGAGUGACCUAUAUAUCAUCGUGGAAGUCGACAGUUAUGGACACUAUUUCAAGAGAGCACGAAGUCGCGUCGCCAAAGGUCAAGCUCCGCUUUGGGGCGAGACUUUUGUGGUAGAGUUGGAGGGAAGUCAGAAUGUUAGAAUCUUAUUAUAUGAGGAGUGCGGUACACGCUCACUAUUGCGAGGCAAAUGCAUUCAGCGAUUAAGCAGAUCUUGGCUGCAAUCCGAUCAGGUGGAGAGGUCACUGAACUUGGGACCCACGUCGUUGGAUGUAGCGCUACGUUUUGUUCCCAGCGAGGUCACUCUGAGACGAGUGCCUUCGGCCAAACCGCAAGGCUUAUUUGGCGCCAAAAUUCAGCAAGUGUGCAAACGAGAGAAACGCGACGUGCCUUUCAUUAUAACGGCAUGCGUGAGAGAAGUAGAAAGACGGGGUGUCGGCGAGGUCGGCUUGUAUCGCGUUUCCGGGUCAGCGUCCGAUGUAGCGAGACUACGCAAGUCAUUCGAGAGUAAUUCGUAUGAAGCGGAGCAGCUGCUUAAAGAGGUGGACGUGCAUUCGGUGACGGGCGUGCUAAAGUUAUACCUGCGCGAAAUGCCGGAGGCGCUGUUUACCGAUGCCCUUUAUCCGGCGUUCCUGGAGGCCUUCCAAACGGGCGAUCUGUCGCGAGGUGCUGCUCUGCGCCGUGUUUACGACGGUCUACCCGCCGUCAACAAAGCGAUGAUCGAUUUCCUGCUAGCGCAUCUCGUUCGCGUGAACAAACACGAGGCGCAGAACAAGAUGUCGUUGCACAAUUUGGCCACAGUGUUUGGACCCACGUUGUUACGACCUGGCACCAGUAACUCACGUAACGACGCCAAAAGUCGCGAUCCUCUCGCCGCCGGUACCGUCGACGUGAUGGCACAGGCCGGCAUUCUCUACUGUUUCCUGCAAUUACACAUGCAACAACAAAAUAAUCAAUCGCUCUAGUCGACAAAGCCCUUCGGUCCUUUAGAACCCAGAUCCCACGAUUAACAUUGUCGUUCAAUUUAAGAUUCAGGUAAUCAGAAACACAACAAUCUCUUGUCCGAUAAAAUAGACAUUCGAAAGACUACGUGACGAUGCCUGAAUGAUAACCCGGAUUUAAAUCAAUAACCAAUCAAUCUACUUGUUAUAUUUCAAAACAUAAUAUUUCUGUUUUUCUGUAUUUCCCGAUGUAUCAUUUAUAUAAUACAUAAUUUUUGAUGCAUAACUACAUUUAAAAUAAGAGGAUAAUUACUCGUACAUCUUUUAAAUAAGGAGACAAAUGUAAAACUUUUUAUUUAAUUGAGAUUAUUUUUUUAUUUAAUACGAUAGUAUAGAAUUUCUUUGUCAUAUUUUUAAAAAGUAACAUUUUUUUAUCUCAUUAUUUUAAUUAAUAUUUUAUGAUUAAAAUGGGAGAAAAAAUCUUUCGCGCUGUUGAGAAACCAAUUUCUAUCCUUCAGACAUCUAUCGAUAGUUUUAUAUGCGCAAGUUGGCAACAAUAAUUUAUUCGGUCUCUUUUGUAGACAUUAGUUUUGCGCAACUUAUCUCUUUUUGCAAUGCUGAGCUAGAAACCGAAAAUGUAUUAAGCAAAUAGACUUGGCUUUGAUGGAAUCCUCUACAUGAAACCUCUGUACUCCGUAUGCGUGCAAAAUAACGUAGCAGAGCUGCUCUUAUAGAACGAUAUAUAUAAAAGCGUAAUAAUAUAUAUAUACACAUAUAUAUUAUAUAUCUUUUUACUUUUGAAGUUCAUAAUAUAUUUUCUACUUCGUAUUGUCCGAGCGUGAUGAUGCCGCUCGCGCACGAUCAAAUUGAUGACCCAUUCUAAAAUAAGUUUUUCAAGAGAAAAGUACGGUGCAGAAAUUUCAGGUGGGAAAUUGACCAAAGAAGAUUAGUUUAGAUUAGCCAAAGCGAGCAAAUUGGUUGAAAAGUUGUAUUAACAUUUUGUAUAUUAAGACUGUUCUGCAAAUUUAUAAAGAGAAAGAAGAUUUAUAAAAAGGAAUAUAAGAGUGUCUCUCGAAAAAAAUCUAAAAGGAUAAAAUAAAAAAUUUUAUAUAUAAAGUCUGAAAUAUCGGAACUUUAGAAGCCUGAAAUUUAUGUACGAGAAAUGCAAUCUCUGGCGCGUUAAUGCUCUAAAAAAUUGAGUACUUUUCCACGUGACGUGUGUUCCUAGCAGAGAAUCUAAAUCUUUUUAUAUAAGCCUUUUUGUAUCCUUUGCAGCAAGUAAGCUAUUAUUCUAAGUAAUAUGGAUCCUGUACUUUCAUGUAUUCAUAAUAGUUCAUCUUGCAGAAACGUCACAGCAUUCAGGGGAAAGAGAGAGAGAGAGAAAGACAGUGUAUGUGGUUUAUUGUUCCUUGAAAAUCCUUCGAAAUUCAAGGAACGGUGUUCCUCAUAGUUUGCAAAAAAUUGAGAAUCUGCUUUCUAUGUAUGUAAUGUAAUAAUCGUCCAUUCCAUUUGUCGAUUCGAACUCUCUACCAAAAAUUAAACCCGAGAAACGGGUUCGAGUUAUCGCGUAAACUUGCGUAACUUGCAAGUUUUGUCACGAAAAGACAUAUGACUGCCUCAAGAAAUAAGUCCUCCUUAUUCCGUCAAAGCGCUAUUUUUCGACUGUAAUUUCUUUAUAGACAAGACUAAUUUUUCUUUAUUAUCGUCCAAUUGCAGCUUAAGGGAAGAUGCUAAAUAAAACGAUCCUUUCCCGCGCGCGUAUAAGGUGUCCCGAAAAUCGUUUAAAUGAGAAAAAUGAAUUUUUUUUUAGAUUUAUUUUUAAAUUAAUAAAAAAAUCAUUAUAUUUUCUUCUUUUUUUAUUUUGAUCAUCAGUAUUAAUUUUUUCAAAGAAAUAAUAUUGGACAAGAAAAAGAUUUAUAUAUGUGUAUAUUCUAAAUUUUCAUUUUUUCUUUUUUGCAAAAUAAUGUUGAUUCUAUAAAUGAUUUUUGGAACACUCUAAUCGCAAUAAAGAGAGAGUAAAAAAAACACGCGGGUUUGGCAGUACAAAUUAGUAGAAAUCGGUAUAUAGCGUACCGUGUAUUAUGCCAGACCGUCUACGAAGUUUGCAAAUAAUUAUAAAGUAACAUGCAAAAAAGCACAAAAAAAGAGAAAACGAAAAAGAGCCAAGUCUGACUAAAAAAGUGUUCGAUAAAAACGAAGACGUAUGUAAGAAGUAAUUAAAUUGUUUAUGCUCGAAAUAUAGGAACUAUUGCAUCUCGUGCGUGUAGAGGCAAUCGCGUGCGUGUUUGUGCUUGUUUGUAUGCGUGUUUUACUACCUUUCCCCCUCCGUGUAUGUAUUAUACCGUAAAAAAAGUAUUGCAUAAGAUUAAUUUUGAUAUCGUCGUAGCGUUUAAGAAGCGUCCGCCUUAUUUUGUACAUUGACACAAAAUGUAAAAAACGAGUUUCCUCGAUUAUUAUAUUUGUGUAUUAUUAUAUUUAUAAUAUUAUUAUUAUUCCAUUAUAUAUAUGAGAUAAUUAUCAUCGCAUCAGUAAACUAUUUGUUACGAAGUUUGAUCGAGCUAGCUUGUUUGCAGCGAGACGCGAUGUACUGCCAAAAAAACGAAAAAAAAAUCACUUAAAGUGCAUAAAUAUACUGAAGGUUUAUAAACUUUUA